CACGUUGACGACUUUCAUUUCUAUUUCCCACUGUUCUCAAGACAGAGAGAAAAAGAAGAGCAUUCCCGUUAUUGUAAAUUUAACUCCCUUCUCUCUUCACCAACUCAUCAAGAUUUUCCAUCCUUUUCAAGCCUCGAUCCACCCAAAAAUUCACGGACUCGCACACUUACUGCGCGUUUGAGUUGAUAUUUGCCAGAGUACCAGGAAAACAAAGGAGAAACCCCCUUUAAAUUUCUAGAAGCUAGCAAAUCUCGGAUUUUUACUUGCUGCUUCUGGAAGUAGAAGGAAAUGGGGUGCUCUAUAAGGUUAAAAUUUGCGAAUUUGUUGGGGUUUUGGGUGCUGAUUUUCACACAAGCGGUUGUGGGUCGGUUCGUGGUGGAGAAGAACAGCUUGAGGGUGACGUCACCAGAGAGCAUUAAGGGGACUCACGACAGCGCCAUUGGCAACUUUGGGAUUCCACAGUAUGGGGGAAGUAUGGCUGGAAUCGUGGUGUAUCCCAAGGAUAAUAGGAAAGGGUGCAAAAAUUUUGAUGAUUUUGGGAUUUCUUUCAAGGCUAAAGCUGGGGCUAUGCCGAACUUUGUGCUUGUUGAUCGUGGAGAUUGCUUUUUUGCUUUAAAGGUGUGGAAUGCCCAAAAUGCCGGUGCUGCUGCAGUUCUAGUGGCUGACGACCUUGAUGAACCAUUAAUCACAAUGGACUCACCUGAAGAGGAUGCAGCGUCUGCCAAAUAUAUUGUGAACAUAACAAUACCAUCUGCAUUGGUUGAUAAAAAUUUCGGUGAAAAAUUAAAGCAAGCAAUCAGUGGAGGGGAUAUGGUGAAUGUGAAUCUUGACUGGAGAGAAGCUGUUCCUCACCCAGAUGAUCGAGUUGAAUAUGAACUGUGGAGUAACAGCAAUGAUGAGUGUGGGGUUAAGUGUGACAUGCUGAUGGAGUUUGUGAAGGAUUUUAAGGGUGCAGCCCAGGUUCUUGAAAAGGGUGGUUAUACUCAAUUUACCCCUCAUUAUAUUACUUGGUAUUGCCCUCAGGCAUUCACCAUAAGCAAACAAUGCAAAUCUCAAUGCAUCAACCAUGGAAGAUAUUGUGCUCCAGACCCUGAACAAGAUUUCAGCACUGGUUAUGAAGGAAAGGAUGUGGUUCUUGAGAACUUGAGACAACUAUGUGUGUUCAGAGUGGCCAAUGAGACCAAAAAACCAUGGAUCUGGUGGGACUAUGUCACUGAUUUCCAAAUCAGAUGCCCCAUGAAGGAGAAGAAAUACAACAAGGAAUGUGCUGAAGGUGUCAUCAGAUCUUUAGGGCUUGAUCUGAAAAAAAUUGAAAAAUGCAUGGGUGACCCUGAUGCUGAUUCGGACAAUCCUGUUCUGAAGGAAGAGCAGGAUGCUCAAAUUGGAAAAGGAUCACGUGGUGAUGUGACGAUACUUCCUACCCUAGUCGUGAAUAACCGACAAUAUCGAGGGAAAUUGGAAAAAGGUGCUGUUUUGAAGGCAUUAUGUGCUGGUUUUGAGGAAACCACCGAGCCAUCUGUUUGCUUAACUGGUGAUGUAGAAACCAAUGAGUGCUUGGAGAACAAUGGUGGCUGUUGGCAAGACACAACCGCUAAUAUUACAGCUUGCAAGGACACAUUUAGAGGAAGAGUGUGUGAAUGCCCUGUAGUCAACGGUGUGCAGUUUAAGGGAGAUGGCUAUAGCUCUUGUGUUGCAAGUGGACCUGGGCGAUGCAAAAUCAGUCAUGGAGGCUGUUGGCACGAAAACAGAAAUGGAAUCACUUUCUCUGCUUGCGUGGAUAAUGAAGAGGGAAAGUGUACAUGCCCCCCAGGCUUUAGAGGUGAUGGUGUCAAGAGUUGUGUAGAUAUCGAUGAAUGCAAGGAGAAGAAAGCCUGCCAAUGCCCUGAAUGCAGCUGCAAGAAUACAUGGGGCAGUUAUGAGUGCGCUUGUAGCGGGGACUUGUUGUAUAUCAGGGAGCACGACACCUGCAUAAGUAAAACAACAGCCGAGGUCAAGUCUGCGUGGACUGCAGUUUGGAUUAUUUUGAUUGGAUUAGCUAUGGCUGCUGGCGGAGCGUAUCUUGUGUACAAAUAUCGGUUGAGGUCGUACAUGGACUCAGAGAUACGGGCUAUAAUGGCACAAUACAUGCCUCUAGACAGCCAAAACGAAGUCCCAAAUCAUGUACAUGAAGAUCGUGCCUGAAAAUGAUGCUCAACCGUCACUCCUCCUCAUGUUGGGGCUUGAGCAACUGACCAUCUGUUCCCAACCAAGGUUUUCAAAGGUGGAAUCAUAUAUAUUUGUAAAGUUUGUCGGAUAAUAAGUAAAACAAGAAUCGUCCUGGUUUUUUUCUUUCAUACGGAGCAUAUGUCCAAAUCAGGAUUGUGUUGGGGCACACAGGAAAAAUGAUAGGUCAAUCUAUUUAGAUUCUAGGUUGUGCCCUUUUAGAUUAAUUACAAGUGUAUGAAUCAUGCUCGUCUCUUGCAUAGAUGUAUCCUUGGUCGUGACUGCAUGUUUCUUGAGAGUCAACUUUAUUGUUUACGCCAAAAUGCUGUAUUAAUUAAUAUUGUUGCUCU